AUGAAGAUGGAGCUGCGGCGGGCCAGCCAGCAGCGGCUGUGGCCACAACGCAUUAACCAGAAGAUCCCCGAGCUGGCUUGCAGACCCAAAGAAUCCAGAUCCAUCAAUGGACCCAGCGGCUGCUUUGCUAUGACCCGGGACUGGGCUUUGCCGCCAGUGGACCUUCAGAAGCCCAUCGGCUAUCUGUGCCACGCCACGCCCAUCCACGAAGAGCCCCAGGAGUCCCGCUGCGUGUAG